UUGGCUUAGAAUAUAGCCCAGUAUAACAAAUAUAACUCCCCAAUGCUUUCCUUCUGGAAUGUUUAUACUAUAGUGAAAAAAUAUAUUAUCUAUAUAUCUGGUUUUUUUGACAUUAUCAUAUAUUGUCAACCUAGUUGACAAUGCCUUUAAUGCUCUCGCUUUAGAUCAUAGUAUAGUGUAGGCAACAUUGUAAAAACAGACUUUGUAAAUAUUUUUUGGAGACUUCUAAAAUGGGAAAAACUAAGAAACGAGAGAAAAAAUCUAAAAAACAUAAACAUAAACACAGUAAAAGUAAGCGGAAACAUAAAAAAGUUAAAAAGGAAUUUGAAGACACAGCAGUCAGCCAUCCAGAAAACAAUGUUAAAAAUGAUGAAAGUGGCUUUGAAAUACCGGUAGAACUUAUGAAUACAAAGUCUCAUACACCUGUCACACCAAAGGAGCAUCAAAAGCGUCAAAGUGAAAUGCGUCGUGUUGUUGACCCAAGUACAGGACGAGUUCGUCUUAUCAGAGGGGAAUCAGAAGUAAUGGAAGAAAUUGUGAGCAAGGAGCGACAUGCUAAAAUUAAUAGUUUAGCAACACAAACUGAUGGAUUAAUUUUUCAAAAACAUACCAUUGGUACAAUAAAAAAACCGUAAUAAAUAACUAAAACAAAAAUUUUUCAAUCACAUUGCAUUAAUAUUUUACAUGAUCAGCAAUUUAAGACAUUAAACAAAUUGAACUUUAACUUAAAUUUAAAUUCACACUCUGUAAGAUCGGUUAUUAAUAAAGCUGGUAAAAGAACGUUGUGGUGCCAUCGUGCCAGGCCAGGUUAUCUCCUACUUUCGCUCGACACAUUGGACAUGUUUGCUCUCGUUUAAACCAUGUGGUAACACAGUUGUCGCAGAAAGUGUGUCCACAUUCUAGCACCACAGGCGAGACGUACGCAUCUUGACAUAUGGCGCAAAGCUCUUCGGAGGUAUCAAAAUUAUCUUUUUCCGGUUUUCCCAGCUUAUUCUUUGUGAAUAUAUAUGAAAUAAGUAAAAUAUACAUUCGUAUAUUAAUUUAAAAGCCUUUAAAAAAUAUUACUUACUACAUCCUUCAAUAAACUGAUAAAUGACUUCUUGAGUGUUUUACCGCGAUCGGCUAAUUCGCAUCCUUUGAGUACAAUCGAAAUUAUUUCAGAAAAUUACUCACAGCAUGUAAACCGGAAUACGAUUCGAAAAGGAAUAACAACCAUUGUCGAAUGGGAACCAAAGACCGAUAAAAUUGAGAAAAAAAUUCAAAGAAUACAUAAAAUCGUGUCUGAAAUAAAGAAUGUUACAAAAUCAAA